AUGGAGGCCUCGCCAUCUAUGCCAAUGGCCCGUUUCCACGUCUUCCUUGCCAUGGCUGUCGCCAUGAAGGUCCGAAUCAAGGAUUCGCCAGAGAACACCAAUGCGCUCCUCGAUACCUGCUACGAUCUCGCCAUGCAGCAGACCGCCUCGUCCACUUUCUGGCAGGAACCUGGUGGUUUGGAAGCAGCCCAGCUUCUAGCCCUCUUUGCUUCACUCCGAAAGCCCUCGGCCGAGGAGCCCCGUUCGCUUUCGCACUCCUUUUCCUGGUGA